ACACUUGCAAAUAUACACAUAUGCAUGCACGCAGGAGUUUGUUGUGUCGCGUCGCGCUAAAUCUACGAAACGAACGAAAAAAUGUUGAAAAAUUCUAUGCUCGCGCUCAAUGUAAGUUCCAAUUGGUGAUCAAUCGCUAAAUAGUGAAAAAUAUGUCCAAUUGGCUUGAGAUCAACUUAACUGUGAAUAAAUAUAAUUGACAUUUCGAUACAUACACAAACAUACAUACAUGCAAACAUAUCUGCGAAGGGGGCAGAACACUGAAAAACUGGUAUAUAAAAGACGACGCCAAAUGAAAAAGACAGCGCGCGCGAGCGAGAGAGAUAAAACAGUAGUAGUAUACUUCGGGUAUUAUUUUUUGCUAAUAGCCAAUUGCAUUGGUAAAACGAAAAUUUGCCCAAAAUCAAAGACACGACAUUAUCUCUAACGUAAUGUCACAACACAAUAAUCAACCGCAUUCGCAUCAGCAUCAACAACAUCUCCACUACUAUCAGCAGCAGCAGCAGCACCAGCAACAUCAGCUACAGCAACAACAGCAACAGCACCAGCAGCAUCAGCAUUUACAACAUAAACAAAUACAGCAGCACAGUUGGUACUCACAUGUUGCUUCCUACCCGCCCCAACAGCCGCACCCGUAUGCGACACCUUGCAAGAGCAGCAACAACAACAAUCACAACAACAACAAUAACAUUAUGAAUGCUUACGAAGCGGGUGGGACGCACUAUUACGGGGCUGCUACGGCUACUGCUGCUGCGGGGGUGGGAUAUAACCUUGAAGCUAAUACUGUGGCCUAUGCGCACAACCAGCUGCUGCAAUACCAGCAAGAACAACAACAACAGCAGCACCAACAGCACACCAGUCAACGCUCGUAUAUGCCGCACAGCAUAAUGCACAGCUCCUAUCCAUAUAUUAAGAGCGAGCCAUUGGAGCUGCCCGACGAAAGACAACGCCAUCAACAACAUCAAACGCAGCAACAGCAGCAACAACAGCAACAGCAACAGCAGCACCUACAACAACAUUUUCAAAAUCCAAUGGCCCCGCCGCCAGCACCCGCCUCCAAUCGCCACACGCUUGAUGCUAGCGGCGAAAUGAUAAUAAAAUCGGAACCCAUUGAGGAACAUGUGUUUAAGUCCAACUAUAUUGAUGAUAAUACGCCCUUUGCCGAUUUUAACAAAUUUCCCGAAUUCGGCGACGAAAUGCUGAGUCCAAAGGUGGAGCUAACUGUAAAGGAUGAUGCCUAUGGCAACCAAAAGAAUCCGCUCAGCUUUCCUCGCCGAAAGCUGCAAACGGAACGUUCCUCGGAAAGCCUGCCCAUCUGCCAACGCUGCAAGGAGGUGUUCUUUAAGAAACAAAUCUAUUUGCGGCAUGUGGCCGAGAGCAGUUGCACGAUCCAAGAGUACGACUACAAGUGCAACAUCUGUCCCAUGUCCUUCAUGGGCGCCGAGGAUAUACAGAAGCACAAGCAACUGCACCGCGCUGACAAGUUCUUCUGUCACAAAUACUGUGGCAAGUACUUUGACAAUAUUGCCGAUUGCGAGUCGCACGAGUACAUGGAACACGACUACGACAGCUUUGUUUGCAAUAUGUGCUCAAUGACAUUUCCUACGCGCGAACAGCUUUACGCCCAUUUGCCGCAGCACAAGUUUCAGCAGCGCUUCGAUUGCCCGAUUUGCCGCUUAUGGUAUCAAACCGCGCUCGAGUUGCACGAGCAUCGCCUAGCGGCCCCAUACUUUUGCGGCAAGUACUAUGCAGCAGCACAUCAGCAACAGCAGCACCAGCAGCUGUCGGAGCAGAGCAACUACAAACUGCAGGAUUGCCACAUGGGAACGAUAGAGAUGACUGCGUCUCAGCAUAAAGCAAAUGCGCUGCCUGCCACGGCGGCGCUUAGUUCCUUGCUACAUCAGCGUCAAGCGAAUGCUGAUGGUGGCGCCUCCCUCUUUGCCUCUUCCUUAAAGAACGAGCCGAGUGUUAAGCUGGAGCGAAGCUACAGCAACUCGACCAGCGAGUCCGGAUAUAGCAUGCACGAGAACAGCGGCUACAACAAUGCAUAUGGGAGUGACAACUCGCUGCAUGCGAGUGGUGUUGCAAUCGGUGGACCGCAGGCACAUUCCUCCACGCUGGAUGAAUCGGAAGAUGCGCUGUGCUGCGUACCAUUGUGUGGAGUGCGCAAAAGCACCAGCCCUACUCUGCAGUUCUUCACGUUUCCCAAGGACGAGAAGUAUCUGCAUCAAUGGCUGCACAAUCUCAAAAUGUUUCACAUACCUGCGUCGAGCUAUGUCAGCUUUCGCAUUUGUAGCAUGCAUUUUCCGAAGCGUUGCAUAAAUCGCUAUUCGUUGUGCUAUUGGGCAGUGCCUACGUUCAACCUGGGCCACGACGAUGUCGCAAAUUUGUAUCAGAAUCGAGAGUUGACCAACACAUUUACCACCGGAGAGGUGGCUCGGUGCAGCAUGCCCAAUUGCACGAGCCAGCGUGGCGAAAGUAAUCUCAAGUUUUACAAUUUUCCGAAAGACAUCAAGAGUCUGAUCAAAUGGUGCCAGAACGCACGUCUGCCCGUCCAGGCCAAAGAGCCGCGUCACUUCUGCAGUCGGCACUUCGAGGAGCGUUGCAUUGGCAAAUUCCGACUGAAACCCUGGGCUGUACCUACGCUCCAUUUGGGAGCUCAGUAUGGCAAGAUUCAUGACAAUCCGAAGAAUCUGUAUGUUGAGGAGAAACGUUGCUGCCUGAACUUUUGUCGCCGCAGUCGCUCCUCGGACUUCAACAUGUCGCUUUACCGGUUCCCCAGAGAUGAGGUAUUGCUGCGUCGCUGGUGCUAUAACUUGAGACUCGAUCCGGCAGUGUAUCGUGGGAAAAAUCACAAAAUUUGCAGCGCUCACUUCAUUAAGGAAGCCCUCGGCUUACGGAAAUUGUCGCCAGGCGCUGUGCCAACUCUACACCUGGGCCACAGUGACACCUUCAACAUCUACGAAAAUGAACUGUGGCCUCCUCCGACGGCCUCGACGCCCACCCAUCAUAAUCAUCAUCAGCAGCAACAGCUGCAACAACACCACAUGCAGCAGCAUCAACAGCAGCUGCCGCAGCAGCAGAUUCAUCACAAAUACCAGAGGCACUCUGCUGCGUCCACUUCCUCGUCGGCCAGCUCUACAUCCCACUAUGUGGAUCCGGAGCUAAGUGCCUCCUACAUGGCCAUGGGCAUGGGCUCUGGCAAUUCAACCUCUGGACUGAAUGUGAGCGACAGCAUGGACGUCUGCUGUGUGCCCAGCUGCGAAAGCAAGCGACACAACAAUGAGAACAUCACAUUCCAUACGAUACCUAGGCGCCCGGAGCAGAUGCGCAAAUGGUGUCACAAUCUGCGUAUACCCGAGGACAAGAUGCACAAGGGCAUGCGCAUAUGCAGUCUGCAUUUCGAGCCCUAUUGCAUUGGCGGCUGCAUGCGUCCGUUCGCGGUGCCAACGCUGCAUUUGGGCCACGAUGAAGAGGACAUUCAUCGCAAUCCGGAUGUAAUCAAGAAGCUGAACAUACGCGAGACCUGUUGCGUGGCAGUGUGCAAACGCAAUCGGGAUCGGGACCACGCCAAUCUGCAUCGUUUUCCCAGCAAUGUGGCGCUGCUAACCAAAUGGUGUGCCAAUUUGCAGCGCACUGUUCCGGAUGGGAUCAAACUCUUCAACGAUGCUAUUUGCGAGGUUCAUUUCGAGGAACGGUGCUUACGUAAUAAGCGGCUAGAGAAGUGGGCAGUGCCCACUCUUAUGCUCGGCCACGAUAACAUUCCCUAUCCUCUUCCCACUCCAGAGCAGGUGGCCGAGUUCUAUGCUCGACCAAGUGCUCCAAACAAUGGCGAAGAACAGGGUGAAUGCUGUGUGGAGACCUGUAAGCGCAAUCCCAGCGUGGAUGACAUCAAGCUCUAUCGACCGCCGGAGGAGUCCCAAGUGCUGACCAAAUGGGCGCACAAUCUGCAGAUAGACAUCGCUCAGCUGCCUUCCAUGCGCAUCUGCAAUCUACACUUCGAAGCCCACUGCAUAGGCAAGCGAAUGCGUCCGUGGGCCAUACCCACGCUCAAUCUUGCCACUAACAUAGAGAAUCUCUUUGAGAACCCCGAGCAGCAGAUGCUGUACAAGCGCCGCACCUCCCAUCUCAGCGGGCAAAGAGAAGGAAGUGGUGGAAGCAUUACCAAGCCCACCUGGGUGCCACGCUGCUGUCUGCCCCACUGCCGCAAGGUGCGCGCUUUGCACAACGUCCAACUAUAUCGGUUUCCCAAACUCAAUCGCGCCACGUUGGCAAAGUGGGCGCACAAUCUGCAAGUUCCGAUGGUUGGAAGUGCUCAGAGACGUCUCUGCUCCGCGCACUUUGAGUCUCACGUCCUUAGCAAGAAGUGCCCAGUGCCGCUAGCGGUGCCUACGCUCGAUCUCAAUACUCCACCAGGUUACAAGAUUUACCAAAACCCAGCCAAGAUCAAAGCAAACAAGCUGUGCAUGCAACGCGUCUGCAUUGUGGAGAGCUGUCGUCGGCAGCGUGGCCAGGGUGUCCAGCUCUUCCGGCUGCCCCACAACCCCACCCAGCUGCGCAAGUGGAUGCACAACAUACGCAUGCGACCGCGCGGUGCCAUGCGACAACAGUACCGCAUCUGCUCGCGGCACUUUGAGACGCACUCGUUCAACGGCAAGCGCUUGAGCACUGGCGCCAUUCCGACUCUCGAGCUGGGCCAUCAGGACGACGACAUCUAUCCGAAUGAGGCGCAGUCGUUUGUCGAGGAGCACUGCGCUAUCGAGGGCUGUAACGCCUCCAAGGAUCAGCCGGAUGUGCGGCUCUUCCGGUUCCCCAACGACGACGAGGAUCUGCUGUGGAAGUGGUGCAACAAUCUGAAGAUGAAUCCAAUUGAUUGCAUUGGCAUGCGCAUCUGCAACAGGCACUUCGAGCCCGAUUGUAUCGGUUCCAAGCAUCUCUACAAGUGGGCCAUUCCCACGCUGAUGCUUGGACACGACGAUGUCCAGAUUGAGCUGAUAUCGAAUCCGAAGCCGGAAGCUCGCUACGUAGACCCAGUGUUUAAGUGCUGCGUUCCCACCUGUGGCAAGACUCGCAAAUUCGAUGAGGUGCAAAUGAACAGCUUUCCCAAGGAUCCGACCCUCUUCGAGCGCUGGCGCCACAAUCUCCGACUCAACCAUCUCAAUUUCAAGGAGCGCGAGCGCUAUAAGAUUUGUAAUGCUCAUUUCGAAGACAUAUGCAUCGGCAAGACGCGCCUCAACCUAGGCUCCAUACCUACACUGGAGUUGGGACACGACGAGACGGAAGACCUGUACCGUGUGAAUCCCGAUGAGCUGCAGAGCAAUAUGUUUGGACGGCACCAGCGCGUGGGUAUUAAACAGGGGGAGCACUUUACUAGACAGGUCAAGUUCGAGCGAUCCACGCCCCAGUUCACGUGUUGUGUUCGCAGCUGUCCACGCAACAAAUGGGUAGAAAGCGGUGCCCGUUUGUUUCCCUUUCCCACGGGCAAGCAACAGCAGAACAAGUGGCGUCAUAAUCUCCGACUAAAAGCUGGCGAAGUGGAUAGGACGACACGUGUUUGCAGCGCCCAUUUCAAUCGCCGCUGCAUUGAUGGCAAACAGCUAAGAGGAUGGGCCAUGCCCACACUGCAGCUGGGUCACCAGGAGACGAACAUCUAUGAGAAUCCAAAGAACAUCCCGGGCUUCUUUACUCCCACCUGUGCGUUGGCCCAUUGCCGCAAAAGGCGGAGCAUUGACAAUGAUUUGCGCACCUAUCGCUAUCCGCGCAAUGAGGAGCUGCUUGAGAAGUGGCGUGUGAAUCUCCGCCUCGCACCAGAUCAAUGUCGCGGUCGCAUAUGUGCGGAUCAUUUUGAGCCCAUGGUGCGUGGAAAGCUAAAGCUAAAGACGGGGGCAGUGCCGACACUGAAGCUGGGCCACGAUGAGGGCGUAGUCUUUGACAACGAGGCUAUUAAGGCAGGCCUGCAGCAGGAGGAGGAGGAGGAGUAUGAAGGUGGAGAGGUGGCGAACAGCUUGGACUCGCUUGUUAGGGUGAAGAAUGAACUAAAUGAGGAGGAUCAGUCAAUGGCAAACGACGAGCAGACAGAAGAACAGGAUGAUGAUGACGAGGAGCAGACCAAUCAUCAAUCAGAAGAAGAGGAGCAGCAAGAGCACGGCUACUUUGAUCCCUUGGAGCUUGUAGAGACUUUUGCAGAGCAGCACAGCGAAGAUGAACAGCUCUACAAUAACGAAGAUGACGAGGUUGAUGACAAUAUGGAAGAGGAGGAUAUACCCGGCAACGAUGAUGAGCUGUUGCUCCCCGAUACUCUACCUAUUCAAAUAGCUCUUCCUCCGAGACGUCAGAAGAGAACUGUGAAUAAUGUGACGCCCAUAUGCUGCCUUAAGCACUGCCGUAAGGAGCGUACUGCUACCCAUCAGCUAAGCACUUUCGGCUUUCCCAAGGAUCCGCAGCAACUGUUCAAAUGGAGUGUAAACCUGCAAAUAGAUAUCGACGACUGUGUUGGGCGUGUUUGCAUUGAGCACUUCGAGGCGGAGAUGUUAGGCACGCGCAAGCUGAAGCAGAACGCGGUGCCCACCUUGAAUUUGGGCCAUGAUACACCCCUUAGCUAUCGUUGCAAUGGCCAAGCUGCGGACAUCCAUGAUGCGCAAUCACAGCAGCAUUCGGUUUUUCGGCUUUGGAGCCUGAAACACUGUCGCAAAAGGAAAGAUUCGUUGACGACGACAGCGACGCCAACGACGCCAACGACGACAGUGACGACAGCGUCGCCAACGACGACAACGACGCCAGCGACGACAACGACGCCAGCGACGACAACGAUGCUAGCGACAACGACGAUGCCAACGACGCCAGCGGUGACAACAACGACGACGACAAUGCCGGAAAAGUCGCCAACGACAAUGACGACGGCAACGACAAUGACGACGGAAACGUUCCCAACGACGAUGACGACGACGACAGCGAAUCCAGCAGCGAUGACUAAGCGCGUGUGCUGCGUGCCCAGUUGUAGAAAGGAAUGGAAGCUGCAUGCCGCUAACCUGCGACGCAUGCCAAGAGAUCGUUUGUUGCUGCGCAAGUGGCUGCACAAUUUAAAGCUGCCUGCCAAUUUGAGCCACAACCAGACGUAUGUGUGCGAGGAUCAUUUCGAGGAGCAGGCAAUGUUGCCCACCUUGCGCCUAGGCCAUACGGAUAGUAACAUUUAUCGUAGCCACAACUCAAUAAAUGGCAUUGGCUGCCUGGUGCCCAACUGUCCAUGUGCUCGCCUCUAUCGUGGCUACGCCCUGCCCGAGCAUCCCCAAGUGCGAGAGGCGUGGCUGCAGUGGCUGCAACUACCGCCUCGUUCUCCCCAAUCGUCGAACCACGAGCAGCUGUGCAUCAUGCACUACAUGCAGCUGUUCGAGCAGGUGCCGUUGCCGGAUCAGUUGCCUGAGAUAGUCCUGUGCGAGCUAAGGGAAACGUACGAGCUCAUCGCCACAUCCACCAUUGCCAUGGAGCUGCGCUGUUCAGUGCCCGGCUGCCAAACCAAAUUCACAGACAACGUGCAUCUCACCAGGCUUCCAACAUGCCAACGUACCCGCGCCAAAUGGCUGCACAAUACGAAAAUUGACUACGAUCCGGAUCGCGAGCGCUCCUAUCGCAUCUGCCUACGGCACUUCGAGCCCCAUACCCUGGGCGCAGUGCGUCCUAGGCUAGGAGCGGUGCCUACACUGCACCUCAACCACAACGACCCGGAUAUUCAUAAGAAUCUUAAGUUGGAAGACAACGCUGAUGGCGCACUAACCCAGCAAGGUGUGCCUCUUGAAAUGCCGCUACGAAUCAAGACGGAGCUACCGCUUUACCUCUCCGUCAGUCCGACGGCCAGCGCGAGCGCAAGUCCAAGUCCCCGGGGUAAACUGCGCACCUGCUGCAUUGCCAGCUGUGGCCAGCAGGAGAACGCACUCACCCAUCUGUUUCGCUUUCCCACUAUCGAGACUGCGCUGCGCAAGUGGCUGGUGAACACGCAGCAGCAGCCGCGUCUCGUGGAUACACAGCAUCUGUUUGUGUGCCAGGAACACUUCGAGCCAGACGCCAUUUACAAGAGGCAGUUGCGCAGCUGGGCGGUGCCGACGCUGAAGCUGGGUCACGAUGGUCAUAUCAUACCCAAUGCUCGGCACAAUGGCAACAUUGCUGACAGCAAGGAGGAUAGGCAGGCGCUGCAGUACAUCUAUGCGAACUUCUGCUCCGUUCUCACCUGCUUUCAGCAGCGCAGCGACCAGCUGCGCCUCUUUGCUUACCCUACGGAUCGGCCCACCCUGCGCCGAUGGGCUGCCAAUUGCAAGCAUCGUUCCAUGCAGGCAAGCAGCGAUGGAUUUCAGGUGUGCCAGUCUCAUUUCGCGGACGACUGCUUCGACCCUGAGUCUGGGCAACUGAAGGAGGAUGCUGUGCCCACUCUUGAACUGAGCCGACCCAUCUACGAGAUGCGCUGCUUAGUCAAUGGCUGCAUUGUGGAGGAGGGUGCAAGGCGUCCUCGCCUUUUUAAAAUGCCAAAGCGGACACAUCAGAUGGAGGAUUGGUGUCAUAACCUGCGCAUUGAUGCGGCGUCUUUGGUGGGCCAGGAGCCACAUGUCUGUGAACGGCACUUCGAGGCGCACUGCUUCAAUGCGGACAAGCUGUUACGCCAAGCUGCACGACCCACACUUCAUUUGGGCCACGAUGACCUGCUAGAUGUGCUGCCCAAUCCGGCCAGCUGGGAGGAGGAAGCCCACGUAUGCGUUGUGCCCAGCUGUGGACGCUCGAAGGAUGCGGAUAACGUGCAGUUAUUCGGGCUGCCAAAGUCUAAGUUUCUAGUAGAGAAAUGGCUGCAGAAUUUCCGCCUCGAUCCUAACAAGGUUCCAGUGAAAGGCCGUCGCAUAUGUAGCGUGCACUUCGAGCCCAGCUGCAUAGACAGUGACCGACUACAUAUAGGCGCCAUGCCUACACUCCACUUGGGUCACGCUGAGACGGAUAACAUACACGAAAGCAUCAAAGAGCUGCCAAUGUCGGCUCGGUCCGGGCGUUUCCGUAUCCACUGCGACUGUUGCUAUCCAGAUUGCGUGGAACUGCAAAAGGGCUUUCAAAAAAUUACCUACGAUUUGCCACAAGGGCUGGCACUGCGUGAAACAUGGCUGUCGUAUCUGGGAUUGGAGGAACACGAUCAGCAGCAGCCGCUCAAACUCUGCCCGCUGCACUUGAUCAUGCUGUACGAGGAGUUCCCUGAACAAUCGGCGGAGGAGGAACUGCUAACAUCCAACUACGAAGCUGCUCGCAACAGUGUGCGCAUUCGCAUCGCCAGCUGCGCUGUGCCUGGCUGCAGGACUCUAAGGCCGAGAGAUGAGCAUUGCCUGCACUUGUCGCCCACACGACGUGAUGUGCUCGAGCUGUGGCUGGACAACAUGCGGAUGCCUUACAAUGAUAAUGAGCGUUACAAGUUUCGGGUGUGCGGCAGGCACUUCGAGUCCAAUUGCCUAGUGGAGAAGGCGCGACGACUAAAACCCUGGAGCGUGCCUACGUUGGAGCUGCCAGAGCCACCAGUGCAUCAGAAUCCUACGGAGGAGCAGUGGCAACGCAUGAAUGAGCAACUAUCAGCACUGCAGGCAUUGGAAGCCAGUGUUGAGCUGAAUGAUAAGCAGAAGCAGAGGGAAAUGCGGAAUAUAAAAUAUGCGAUGCAUAAGCACCAAAUACUGGAGCAGGAGAAUGACCAGGGGCAGGAGGACGAGCAGGAACAGGAAGAGUCGCAAAUCAAACUGGAAUCACAGGUCAAGCAGGAGCCUCUAUCUGUGUACGAAGAUGACUAUUAUGAAGAGCAGCCGCAAGAGAUGCAGGAGCUGGAGGUGCUACUCGAGGUGGGGCACGUAGAGAAGUGCACCACCUAUGAGCAGAUGGACACAGAGCCCUCCAUAAGCUAUGCCGAACAGCCGUCGCAUAAUCCUUCAGGUUCGUCACAUCCACCAGGUAGCGGAGCAGUAAACGGCAAUAACUCUCGCUACAGCGCGAGGCAUUGCAGCGUGCGAGGUUGCGGUGUGACGGUGCUAGAUGUGGACGGCAAUCUGAAGUUGCACAAGUUCCCCACAUCGAUAGAUGCUAUGGAAAAGUGGAUGCACAAUACCCAGGUGGAUGUAGACACCAACUAUGCGUGGCGCUUUCGCAUUUGCAGCUAUCAUUUUGUCCCUGAGUGCUUCAAUGGAUCGCGCAUUAGACGUGGAGCCAUGCCCACGUUGCGUUUGGGGUCCCGACGUCCUGCGCGUAUCUACGAUAACGAAUUCAAUGUUCAGCAGGAACAGACGGCAGCGAAUGCAGUGGAAGAGCAGUCUCCACUGCCUACUGAGGACUCCAAGCUUGACAUCAAAUUGCGCCUGCCCUGUCCCGCUCCGCCUCGCAAAUCCAGCAAGUUCUGUCAGAUCGAAGGCUGCUCGAAUCAUCUGACCAGUGAAAAUUUGACUCUUCACAAGUUCCCACACUCGGCGGACAUGUGCGCCAAGUGGCAGCACAACACGCAGGUGCCUUUCGAUCCAGAGUAUCGUUGGCGCUAUCGCAUCUGCAGCGCACACUUUGAACCCAUCUGCCUGGGCAACAUGCGACUGAUGCAAGGCAGUGUGCCCACCCUGAAGCUAGGGCCCCGCGCACCUAAGCAGCUCUUUGACAAUGACUUUUUGGUCAUUGGCUUGCGCUCGGAUAAGGAUAUGCAUAGCGAACAAAAUUUCACUGUAAAGCAUGAGCAAGCGCAGCCAUUCGAGGAGGAUGAUUCGGUGCAGGCACAGAAGCAGGAGGCGGAACAGGAACAGGACUUAAGUAUGCUAGAACCACAACUCCAAUUGCAUGAAGGUCAGGAAGAAGCGGAACAUGAGGACAAUUAUUUGAACUGCAAUAACAAUUGGAAUGAGCGCAGCAUUAAGCAGGAGAAGUGCAGCGACAACAGCUACUAUAAUCCGGUCAAGUCGGGCUAUGACAAGUGCUCCCUAAUCCAUUGUCAGCGCCAGCGCUCACAGCAUGGCGUGCACAUCUAUAAAUUUCCACGUUCCCGCCAGCUUCAGCAACACUGGAUGCACAAUUUGCGUAUUCGAUACGACGAACGGCGACCAUGGAAGACCAUGAUAUGCAGCGCGCACUUUGAGCCGCGAUGCAUACGACUAAGGAAGCUCCGUCCCUGGGCAGUGCCUACCUUGGAGCUGGGCGAAAAUGUGCCGGAGCAACUCUACACGAACGAGCAAAGCCAGCAGCAGAUGGAGGUGGGUAGCGACGGUGAGGCAGACGGCUAUGAUUAUGAUGUGGACGAUACUAUGUUGGAGGAUUACAACGAUGAUUACGAAGACAAUGGGUCUGAGCAGCUGCCUGCGGAACCACAGCUCAAACGAGAGCGUCCUUCACGCUGCGAUCCCUGCCCUCCUGGCCAGUUGCAGCCAUGGAAAAUAAAACAAUGCUGUUUGCCCCACUGUCGCAGGCCACGAGGCGAUGGCAUCAAACUCUUCCGACUGCCCAACAACAUUGGCGCCAUACGUAAAUGGGAGCAAGCGACAGGCAUGCGCUUUAUUCCAUCGCAGCGGAACACUAAGCUCAUCUGUAGCCGUCAUUUUGAUCCGCAACUGAUUGGCGUUCGUCGCCUCUUCACCAAUGCCGUGCCAACAAGGAAUCUUGGUCCAAAUAUUAAAGAGUCGGAGCUGCCUGAGUUACCGGAAAGUACUCCACGCUGUUGCAUCACUGACUGCGAACACAAUGGAUUUGUCAAGCUGCAUAAGUUUCCAAGUGAUCCUUUGCUGCUUCAUCAAUGGUGCCAAGCCCUAGAUUUUCCGGAUGUACAACGCUACUCUGGUAAACACAUUUGUGCAGUCCAUCUACCUGCGAAGGCAUUCAGUUGCCUCAUUUGUGGCGUUGAGGAUGUGCAGCUGCCCAUGCAAGACUUCCCCGAUAACCGCAAUCAGCGAGUCAAGUGGUGCUAUAAUCUUAAAAUCGAACCCAUUGCCAAGUGGGACAAUACGAAACACAUCUGCUCUAAACACUUUGAGAGUUAUUGUUUCAUAGAGCCGGGUCGUCUGCUCCCGGACGCAAUGCCUACAUUGCAUUUGACGCACAAUGAUAACAACAUAUUUCUCAACGAUUAUGUUAUAAACAAUCCUAAGAUGCUCUGCAUCAAGGAUGAGCCCCUAGAAAGUGACGAUUUGAUGCUAUAACAAUAGCACUCUUAGCCGAAAGUAUCAUUUUAUUACCCCAUCAAAACGGUAAUAUCAGCAGGUCGUCACCUUAAUACUUAUAAAAACUAUACUUCGAAAUGUGGUCAAGGGAGAUUGCUGUCAAAUUUUGCAGGUUCAGCCAAAACGCAUUUCUUGAAUAUUUGACUUUUGGAAUAAUUUGGCUACAAUUCGAACGGUGCUCAAUAACAGCUCCUCACGGAAUUCAGGAUGUUUAUCUAAUAUAUGUUUGGAGUAGAAGUGUCACGUCCCAAUGUCUAUAAGCCAUUUCAUUUGAACUUAGUGUUAGUCUCAAAUAAUUUAAAAAUAUUUAAUAUAUAUAUAUAUUUAAUCACUCAGUA